AUGAACACGCAAGGAGGGGUACCCUAUUGAACUCACAGGUACUCCUGCAACUUUUGCGCGCACUGAUAUUCUUUUACAUUUUCAUCUCUCUGUCAGAUAUAAAUUAUACUUCUACGUUGUAUUUUCUGUUAUUAUAUACAAGGUUUCAAAACUAUUAAAAUAAAGUGGAGGGAGAUGAACGAGUCGACUGCUCCAUGCAAAAAUAACUUGUAAAAUGUGAGGUUUGUCCUACCUCGUCUUUCGUACAUGCACUGGAUCUCUCACUGACUGGCAAAGUGAGACCGCUGGCAACAGAAGAUUUUUCAUCUCGGGAGACCAUGGGGAAAGUGGAUUUAAAAAUCCAUUGUAUUUUAUUUUUCUUCGUCAUCUCAGUGCAGGGCGGAUUUUCAGAGGAAUAUGGAGCACACCUGGGAGAAAAAUACAUACUUUUACAGGUGAGAAUGAUUUUAUCUUCCUAUUGGGACGGGAGUAAAACUGGAAAGUCUUGGAAAAACAAAACAAUCAUGACAGCCUCACAAAAUCAUGUUUUUUUCCCUCAAAUUAAUGUAUUCCUCAUACAAGGCUACAUUCCUUUUUGCACGCAAUAUGUAUUUGUUGCUCUCAAUCAAAUGAGGGGUAAACUUUUAAGUGGUAGAUGUUAAGCACUGCACGUUACUAUAGGAUGUAUGGCAGAUGUGAAAACAAUUAUGCAUUGGAAACAAACACAUGAUAUAGCCUACACUAUACAUUAAAGCCUACAUUUACAUUAAUUACAAAUAACGUGUCUAUCACCUUAAAAAAUCUAUAAAAAAUGGUCACUUCAGAAUGAAUUCCUGCACAUUAAAUUGUUUUCCUGUCUUUAAAGGUCAACUGCCCAUUAGAACCAAAUUCUCUGGUUUUAAACGGCCUAUGUGGCAUCGAUGUGAGUCAGAAAAAUGAAUAGCCUAGAGUCAAAAUUCACCAGAAAGUGUAAAUAGGAUACUUUUGAUCAUAAAGUCAGUCUCAUCCAAAACUGAGUUUUGUGAGUUCUUCACGAUUUACUGGAGGGUUGGGUAUGGAUUACGAGUUUUGAGGAUAUGGGGAAACUCAAUUGAAAUCGUAUUUAUGCCCAAUAUACGUUGCCCAUGCGUCCACUGUAAAGGGGUUACCAUGAAUUUGACAGUAAUUUACUGGCAGCUUGGUGGCAAGUAAAAUUUAUAUACAGUAUAUGGUAUCAAAGCAUGUACUGUGUAUUGACAUACAGUACGAUACCGUAAAAUUGACUGUAUUAUACUGUUAAAAGUAAAUGCUACCAUAAUUCGAAUGAAUGAAUGAAUGAAAUUAAUUGAGGGGAGGGUUUGUAUUUCACAGUAUGUUACUGUAAUUACAAGGGAUUGGGGCAAGCAGGUUGGCUGCUAAGUAAAGUGUUUACAUAUGAAUGAAUAUUUGGUGUUUUAUAUCAAAUGCACUUCUAGAGUCCUUAAAAGCUUCCAAACUGGCAGUGACUACAGGAAAAAACAGACCAAAAGGACAAGGCAAAAUGCUCAACCAUUUAAGGUUCAAGACUAGCUGCCUCUCCAAUCUAUCCCCUAUACAUUGAAAAUGAUGGGGCACUAUAGCAAAAUACUGUAGGAGUUAAAUUGGUACAGCAUUUCCAUUUACGGUUGCAACAAAUAUAGCCUCUUACAAGGCACGCCUCAAAAUAUGUUAAUGAUCCAAAAAAACAAUACCAUGCACCUGUAACCGGUGUGAAAUGGCUAGCUAGUUAGCGGUGCGCACUAGUAGCGUUUCAAUCGGUGACGUCACUCGCUCUGAGACCUUGAAGUAGUUGUUUCCCUUGCUCUGCAAGGGCCGCGGCUUUUGUGGAGCGAUGGGUAACGGUGCUUCGAGGGUGACUGUUGUCGAUGUGUGCAGAGGGUCCCUGGUUCAAGCCCAGGUAGGGGCGAGGAGAGGGACGGAAGCAACACUGUUACAUUGAUGCUGUUGACCUGGAUCACUGGUUGGUGCGGAAAAGGAGGAGCUCAAAAGGGGGGUGAGUGUAACCAGUGUGAAAUGGCUAGCUAGUUAGCGGUGCACACUAGUAGCGUUUCAAUUGGUGACGUCACUCGCUCUGAGACCUUGAAGUAGUUGUUUCCCUUGCUCUGCAAGGGCCGCGGCUUUUGUGGAGCGACGGGUAACGGUGCUUUGAGGGUGACUGUUGUCGAUGUGUGCAGAGGGUCCCUGGUUCAAGCCCAGGUAGGGGCGAGGAGAGGGACGGAAGCAACACUGUUACACACCCACUAAUGGUCAAAAGGUUUUUGGCGCUCCCAAGAUAAAGUAUGGUACUGCAUUCUGUGGGGUGGAAUUACAGUAUCAUUCGAAAUACAGCAAUUGUCCCACAAUGCACCACCAUUUACAGUAUGCAGCAGUAAAACGUUUCAGAGUUUUUUACUGUUGCUAAUAUCUACAAUUACCGUAAAAAUUACAGUUUUCCAUUACAGUGUCGUCAAUGGGCCGCACAGUGCAUUCUGGGCAAUUCUGGCUCAAGGAGAUCACUCCUUCAAGGAGUGAAGUUGAGUCAAAAGGGGGUGAAAUGUAACCGAGGUCCACGCUUUUUUUUGAAGACUUGUGUUAGCUUCCUGAACUCAUCCCUAUGGGCUUUAGCUAAGUGGGCUAACACAGUCUUGUGACAUGCAGGAGAUCCAGUUCAAACCCAGUCAGUCACAAGAGCAAGAUUAAAUAGGGAGUGGAAAAGUUAUCCUUGGAAGGGCUAUGACAGGGCUAUCAAACUAUAUUCUUAUGGGGGCCAAAUAAAAUGUUUUGUCACACUCCCUGCUAAUGUGUCCUGCACGUCAUAGAGGAGAACAGAAGGCCUGACCAUGUUAGAGAAAUAGUCUUAGCUUUCAGGAAUGGGAUCAUGAUAGCUUAUUGCCCAAACAGUUCAAUCUCUAGAGCCACAUUCGUGGAAGAAAAUAAAUGUAACAUGCCACAUUGGCUUCAGAAACCGCCAGAAACCUGUUUAACAAAGAUAGUGUUUGAUUCCAGUGGUUCUCUUCUACCAUUCCUUGCUGACAAAGUACCAGGAUGUUGUCUCUGGUUUUGAAUCUGAAUUUAAAGUACUGAAUUUGAAAACUGAAUCUGAAUGCAUCUGAGAAGUUGAAUAUAUGAAACUUCGGUAAACUUGAAAUGAUAGUUUGUAAACUUGAUACACAGUCAAUGAAUGCAAUAUAUACCAUAUUGAAACUGAAUAUAAAAAAUAUGAAUUAAAUCCAGUUUUAAGUCAUGAUAUACAAGUUCAAUUUAUUAAUUCAAUGAUUCAAUUUGUGCAUUAGAAAUUCAAAAAUAUUGGAUUUAAAUACUGUUUCUGUUGGCACUGAAAUUGCUCCCUUUGUGAGAUGUCAUCUACACCUCGAUUAGGAUGAUAUAAAUCCUUAUUAUUUAGUUUAAUGAUUUUUAAAUUUUGUAACAUGUAACAUUAAAUUAAAAUAUAGCCAACACUUUCUCACUCUGAACUUCUAACUCGAGUGGGGCGGGUGUGGCUUUGUGACAGUGAUUACAAGAGCAGCCCAAUGCAGUUCAACCACGACACCGCCAAAACAUCCUCUAUGAGGAUGUCUGCUAUUGUCGGUUAAUGUUUGAUCUGAUUAAAUCUUGGCCUUUGUUAGAUAGCAAGUGAUUUUGGGCACUAAUAAACAGCGUGUAACUUGUGCUUUAUUUACGAUAGUUUGACAGCUUGCAGAUUAUGAAGUUGUACACAUGUUAUUGUUCUCAGAUAUCAGUCCUGAGAGUGCAGACAGACUUUCCCGACUCAACUGUAUGCAGUGCACUGACUAGUUUUUCAUGCUCAUUUUGUUACUUGAGAAAUACUGCACCAAACACCUUAGCUACAGUAGAUGUAAAAUUGCAUGACUAAGACCUCCUCUGCAAAAACGUCUAAAUUAAUUACAGAUAUUUUUAUUCUGACUAUUUUGAUGAAGUGGCUAUGUUGUUGCUAUGGUGACUCAGGUGGAACAAACAACAGUACCUGCCAGGGUGCGACAUGUGAAGAUAACACACAUACAUCAAAUCACACCCCCAAGAUAACUCUAAUUUUGGCUUCAGUCAUGGCCACUAGCAUUUCUUAAUGAGCAAUCUUCAAAACGAGGCCAAAUCAGGAAGUGCAGUCACCCUCUAAAGUUAUUUGUUUGUGUUGUAUCUCCAGGAUAUGUGAUAAUGGAUUUACACAGCAGUGAUCUGUGAGAAAAAGGAACAUUUGAAACCGAACCUGUGCACUGUGCACCUCACUACCCCUCUGUGUACAGUGAAAGUAUUUAUUUCCAGUUUCCCCUUCAUUCAUGAAUAGCUUUGAUUCAGCCUAUUUUGACACAGAAAUCUUGACCCAAACCCACACAGAGAUUCUGGAGAUGAAUUUAAAAGGAGGGGAUUUUGUAAGCUAACUACAGUACUUGGUAGUAUUUUGUCACUUUUCCAAGACAACUUGUCCUCUUAAGUACAACUUCUUAUAUUAGAUAAUGACAUAAAUGUACUACAUUUUAAAUCAUCAUCUUUCCCGAGUACAGUAGUACAAAUGUGGGUACACAAAAUUGGGUGGAAGGUUAAAUGACAUAAUAAUGGUGUGGCGGGUUGAAAGUCUUUGAAUGAACAAUAUACCGUAAAUCUACUUUAACUCAAUACUUUUCAACCCGCUACAAUGGCUUUAGGGCAACUGUGUGAUCUUAAAUCACUGCUAUAAAGCUGUUAUAAAUCUAUUAAAGGCCCAGUGCAGUCACCAACGUGAUUUUCCUGUGUUUUAUAUAUAUUUCCACACUAUGAAGUUGGAAUAAUGCUGUUCAAUUGUAAAAUGAUGAUAAUGCCAUCUUUGUGUAAGAGCUGUUUGAAAAGACUGCCUGAAAUUUCAGCCUGUUUUGGUGGGAUGGAGUUUGGUCUGCCUGGUGACAACACCAGGUGGUAAAUUAGUUAAUAGACCAAUAAGAAAGAGAGUUCCAAACCUCUCUGCCAAUAACAGCUAGUUUUCAGUUUUUCCCUCCCAGACAGUCCUAGCAAAAUUCUUGCUUGAGAAAUUGCUCUUUGCUAAGAUGCUAUUUUUGUUUAUUUUUGACAAUUUUAAUUGAAAACAAUCACAGUAAGGUACUUAAGGUACCUACAACUUCUCCCUCAACGUGAGCAAGACAAAGUAUCAUGGACUACAGGAGAAGGAGGGCGGAACAUGCCCCCAUUCACAUCGACGGGGCUGUAGUGGAGCAGGUCGAGAGUUUCAAGUUCCUUAGUGUCCACAUCACCAACAAACUAUCAUGGUCCAAACACACCAAGACAGUCGUGAAGAGGGCACGACAACGCCUUUUCCCCCUCAGGAGAAUGAAAAGAUUUGGCAUGGGUCCCCAGAUCCUCAAAAGGUUAUACAGCUGCACCAUCGAGAGCAUCCUGACCGGUUGCACCACUGCCUGGUAUAGCAACUGCUCGGCAUCCGACCGUAAGGUGCUACAGAGGUAGUGCAUACAGGCCAGUAUAUCACUGGGGCCAAGCUUCCUGCCAUCCAGGACCUAAAGUUGAAGUCGGAAGUUUACAUACACCUUAGCCAAAUACUCUUAAACUCAGUUUUUCUCAAUUCCUGACAUUUAAUCCUAGUAAAAGUUCCCUGUCUUAGGUCAGUUAGGAUCACCACUUCAUUUUAAGAAUGUGAAAUGUCAGAAUAAUAGUAGAGAGAAUAAUUUAUUUCAGCUUCUUUUUCUUUCAUCACAUUCCCAGUGGGUCAGAAGUUUACAUACACUCAAUUAGUAUUUAGUAGCAUUGCCUUUAAAUUGUUUAACUUGAGUCAAACGUUUCAGGAAGCCUUCCACAAGCUUCCCACAAUAAGUUGGGUGAAUUUUGGUCCAUUCCUCCUGACAGAGCUGGUGUAACUGAGUCAGGUAUGUAGGCCUCCUUGCUCGCACACACUUUUUCAGUUCUGCCCACAAAUGUUCUAUAGGAUUGAGGUCAGGGCUUUGUGAUGGCCACUCCAAUACCUUGACUUUGUUUUCCUUAAGCCAUUUUGCCACAACUUUGGAAGUAUGCUUGGGGUCAUUGUCCAUUUGGAAGACCCAUUUGCGACCAAGCUUUAACUUCCUGACUGAUGUCUUGAGAUGUUGCUUCAAUAUAUCCACAUAAUUUUCCUUCCUCAUGAUUCCAUUUUGUGAAGUGCACCAGUCCCUCCUGCAGCAAAGCACCCCCACAGCAUGAUGCUGCCACCCCCAUGCUUCACGGUUGGGAUGGUGUUCUUCGUCUUGCAAGCCCCCCUUUUUCCUCAAAACAUAACGAUGGUCAUUAUGGCCAAACAGUUCUAUUUUUGUUUCAUCAGACCAGAGGACAUUUCUCCAAAAAGUACAAUCUUUGUCCCCAUGUGCAGUUGCAAACCGUAGUCUGGCUUUUUUAUGGCGGUUUUGGAGCAGUGGCUUCAUCCUUGCUGAGCGGCCUUUCAGGUUAUGUCGAUAUAGGACUUGUUUUACUGUGGAUAUAGAUACUUUUGUACCUGUUUCCUCCAGCACCUUCAUAAGGUCCUUUGCUGUUGUUCUGGGAUUGAUUUGCAAUGUUCGCACCAAAGUAUGUUCAUCUCUAGGAGACAGAACGCGUCUCCUUCCUGAGCGGUAUGACGGCUGCGUGGUCCUAUGGUGUUUAUACUUGUGUACUAUUGUUUGUACAGAUGAACGUGGUACCUUCAGGCGUUUGGAAAUUGCUCCCAAGGAUGAACCAGACUUGUGGAGGUCUACAAUUAUUUUUCUGAGGUCUUGGCUGAUUUCUUUUGAUUGUCCCAUGAUGUCAAGCAAAGAGGCAUUGAGUUUGAAGGUAGGCCUUGAAAUACAUCCACAGGUACACCUCCAAUUGACUCAAAUGAUGUAAAUUAGCCUAUCAGAAGCUUCUAAAGCCAUGACAUCAUUUUCUGGAAUUUUCCAAGCUGUUUAAAGGCACAGUCAACUUAGUGUAUGUAAACUUCUGACCCACUGGAAUUGUGAUACAGUGAAUUAUAAGUGAAAUAAUCUGUCUGUAAACAAUUGUUGGAAAAAUUACUUGUGUCAUGCACAAAGUAGAUGUCCUAACCGACUUGCCAAAACUAUAGUUUGUUAACAAGAAAUUUGUGGAGUGGUUGAAAAACAAGUUUUAAUGAUUCCAACCUAAGUGUAUGUAAACUUCAGACUUCAACUGUAUAUACUAGGCGGUGUCAGGGGAAGGCCCAAAAUAUGGUCAAAGACUCCAGCCACCCAAGUCAUCGACUGUUCUCUCUGCUACCGCACAGCAAGUGGUACCGGAGCGCCAAGUCUAGGUCCAAAAGGCUCUUUAACAGCUUUUACCCCUAAGCCAUAAGACUGCUGAAGAAUUAAUCAAAUGGCCACCCAGACUAUUUGCAUUGACCCCCCCCCCCCCCCCCCCCCUUGAUUUUACACUGCUACUACUCACUGUUUAUUAUCUAUGCAUAGUCACUUUACCCUUACCUAUGUACAAAUUACCUUGACUAACCUGUACCCUUGCACAUUGACUCGGUACCAGUAUCCCCUCUAUAUAGCCUCGUUAAUGUUAUUUUAUAGUGUUACUUUUUUUUUAAACUUUAGUUUAUUCAGUAAAUAUUUUCUUAACUCUAUUUUCUUAAAACUGCUUUCUUGGUUAAGGGCUUGUAAGUAAGCAUUUCACGGUAAGGUCUACACCUGUUGUAUUCGGCGCAUGUGACAAAUAACAUUUAAUUUUAUUAUUUAUUUACCUUUAAGGUUUUAAAGCUUUGCACAAUGUUCAGAAGGCCUCAACUUGUUUUGAGAAAAUUUCCAAACUACAGGAGUUCAGCAAUCUGUUACUUUCAGGGCCCAGGUGUGUACAUAACAAACUACAACCUUGUGUUCUGCUCUGCUGCGCUCAAACCCUAUAGCUCUGCUGAGCUCAACUCUAUAGUUAGGAUUCAUUACACUUUUAUUAACUUUCUCUGUAUUAUUUUCCCCCCCAGAGAGUGAGACGCCAGAGCAAACCAGCUAAAUCUUUGGUGAGUAUGAGCUACAUGGAAUGUAUCAUUACCGAAACACAACAUUCAAACCAGGGAUAUCUUCCCAUAGGGCGGCGCACAAUUGGCCCAGCGUCGUCCGGGUUUGGCCCGUGUAGGCCAUCAUUGUAAAUAAGAAUUUGUUCUUAACUGACUUGCCUAGUUAAAUAAAGGUAAAAUAAAUCAAAUAAAAAUCUUCCUGGUACGGCUUCGCACACGUGCAGCAACUGCCUCUGUAGAUGGGCUGUGAUAAUAUUGGAUAGCAUUCACUGAACAUUGAUCCCCUUCUAAAUCAUAUCAAUAGUAGCAGUCACUAUUCCGUGUGACAUUAACCUCUGUGUGCUAGAGAUUAUUUUUGCUAGUUGAAUAACCAUAAGGGGGAAGACAAAGCCUACAAUGUUUUACUAGCAAUACAAGAAACACUUCACAUGAAGCUCAACCGAGCUACUCUCUCCACACAUUAAACAAUCACCCACAAGGACAAGGGGGCAGAGGAAACACUUAUAAACUUACUAAUGAGGGGAUAUGAACCAGGUGUGUGUAAUAGACAAGACAAAACAAAUGGAAUGAUGAGAUGUGAUGCGGCAGUGGCUAGAAGGCCGGUGACGACGAACGCCGAAGCCUGCCCGAACAAGGAGAGGAGGCAGCCUCGGAGGAAGUCGUGACAGUACGUCCCCUGACGCGCAGCUCCAGCAGCGCACCGACACCGGCCUCUGGGACUUCCAGGAGGACGCGGAGCAGGGCGAGCGGGAUGGCGACGGUGGAAAUCCCGCAACAGGGACGGAUCGAGGAUAUCCCUCACCGGGACCCAGCACUGUUCCUCCGGACCGUACCCCUCCCACUCAUUCUGCCAGUGUAGAUCUAGCUAUCACUCAUUGCAAUCUGUAUUUAUAACCUGUGCGCCACACAGAGUGAGAAACCCUACGCUAGUACUGUAUCGCUAUGGAGCCAACAUUUUAUUUGAUGCUUUGAAUGUUGCCAAAGAUAGAAUGUAGAUCAUCAAGCAAUAGGUCUCUGGUGUAUCAGAAAGCUUGUCCACUGUUUUUGAUACCAGUGAGUAUCGAGAAACAGGUCUGUUUGUCUCUCUGUCUGUGUCCCGGCCUGGCAGGAAUGUGGCCCAGCUGACCAGAUCGGUCCCAGCAGGGCCCAGAAUUAGCCAAGUAAACAAGGGGGUGGGAGGGAUAUCUUGCAGAGUGUGCCUUUGUAUCAUUUGUCUAAACUUGUCAAGCCACUGAAGCCUGUUUUAAAAAAGCCUAGUAAUACUUGGAUUUUCAUUCACAAAAGAGCCCAACCAGUACUCAAACCUUGGUCUCUACAACUGUCAGUCAAACACCUUAGCAAUUACACCAAGAGGUCCAAAGCUCUUGAUGAGGUUGCUAUUAGCUUUGUACUAGGGUAGCUACAGUAUAUAACGAUUUCAUCAGAUCAAAUGUAUAAGUUCUUUGCUGACUGUUUGUUGGAUUAAUCUGUUCCCAGCUGAAGGUGACAGACUACCAUGUGAGGUGUUCUGUCAUGUCUCGCUACGCCCACACCACCGUCCAGAGCUCUGUGUGGAACCAGCUAGCUGUCACCAAGGAGGCAGCCUUCGAGGUAGACCUGCCCUCAGCUGCAUUCAUCUCCAACUUCACUAUGUGAGUCAGUCACACACUUCAAGUCAAGUGAAGUUGACUUUAUUAUCCCAAGAGUAGGAAAUGCUGUUUUUUGUACCCCUCACUUACACAAGCUCACAGGUAGCAGGAGAGGCUAUGAGUGAGAACCAGCCAGACAGCUCUCUCUCUCUCUCUUUCUCUCUUUUCUCUCUUUUCUCUCUCUCUCUCUCUCUCUCUCUCUCCUCUCUCUCUCUAUCUAUCUAUCUAUCUAUCUAUCUAUCUAUCUCUCUCUCUCUCUCUCUCUCUCUCUCUCUCUCUCUCUCUCUCUCUUUCUCUCUUUUCUCUCUCUCUUUCUCUCUUUUCUCUCUCUCUCUCUCUCUCUCUCUCUCUCACUCUGUGUUUCACCUCUAUUGUUAUUUUAGUCACUUCAUCGAAGGUAGUGGGCCUAUAAUCAAAUUAAUUGUUCCUUCCCUUGGAAUGAUGUAAUUGUAUCCCUCUAUCCUGGGUGCCAGUAUGUUUCUGCUCUCUUGCCAACUCUUGAUGCUUGAUGAUGAGUAACAAGGAGCUGGCAUGGUAGCACAAACAGAAUGGCAUAUUCUUCAGCAUCAAAAAUACAUUUAUUUUUGGCUGUAAAGGUGAGUAAUGUAUAAAAUAAGAGAAGUCCUAGAUUUUAAAAAAGGAGGGUAAAGCUUGAUAGUAAAUAAACAAAACAAAUCCCUAAUGCCAGUCAGGUCGGUGGUUUCCGGACAAACUCCCAGAAAUAAAAACUUCAGAAAAAUGAUGUCAGGAACUGAGAUUCCGUCCAGUGUGGAGAGGAGACACAUCAUUUGAUUACUAAGAGGGCUGGAAACCACUGCCACUCUCCUUUUAAAAAACGCUAAAUAUAAACAAGAUAAAUAAGUCAACAUUAUAGAACCAACGAGGAGCCGAAGCCUGGGGUUGGGUUUGGGUCAGAAGGGGGAGGAGUCUGGGGGAUAAAUACCAGGGUUUGUAAAUAUGUCAGAAAGUUAAUAGAGAAAAUGACAGAAGCUUGCCCUGUUUUCUCCCCCCCUCUCUCUCCUGCAAAGUUUACCAAGGUACAUAUAAACAAGCCAUGCUACGCACACACAUGCAAACACAUACUGACACACAUAGCCUACAAACGCCACGCACAUACCCAUUUAUAUGUAGUCAAAUGGGGGAUGUAAACUCUUGACAGUUUUAUAUGCGGACUAACUCUCUGACACAUGCAUAUAAUCUCACACAUCUCUCUCUGUCACACAUACGCGUGCGCGCACGCACACACACAAAUGCGCGCGCACACACACAAGCUAGCACAUUUGGUUCCUUCGAAGUUGUGGGAAUGUAUGUUUUUGGUUUCCCAUUGGUUCUGGGAACGAAGCCAUACGUUUCCUGACCGGUAAAACGUUUUUUUUUUUAUUCGUUCUGAGAAUGGAAGUAACAUUUUGCCUGUUCUAGGAACAUUAAUCUUUAGGUUGCAGGGAUGUUUUGAGAACAUUUUACUAUGGUUCCCUGAAAGCGUUCUGAGAAUGGAAAUUAUAGGUUAUUUUGAGGUUUUUGAAUAACUUCCUUAAAACUUUCAUUGAAUGUUUCAAUAAGACUUUAAUAACACUUCUAGAUUAGUUUGUGUUAACUGUUUUGAACUCCAUAGGACACAUGGACAUUCAUUUGCUUAAACAUUAAUCAUGCAAACACGUUUAUUUUUUAUUGAGGUUCAAACCUAUGAUCUUCUGUUCUUUAUCCAUGGAUGGAGCUAGCAUGCCAUGUUUCUUUUUAAGCAGUUCAUUUUAGUCUAUUCAAACAGACCCCAUUUCGAUGGAAACAAGCACUCAUUAACACACUUAACAAGAUUGAAGACGGUGAGAACGGAAUGUAUAUGUUUUUCAAUAACAUUCUUAGAACGUUCUUUGAACGUUAUUAAUGUUUUCUUGCGGUUUUUAUGGAAUGUUUUCUUAAUGUUCUGAGAACAUGACUUUAACUAGAACCAUGAGGAAAUCUGCAGAAAACGUUAUGCUGAAGUACUGAAAUUCCCACAUAAGAACUUUGUUUCUUAACAUUCUCUGAACGUUCUGAGAACAUUACUUUAAAUAGAACCAUGAGGAAACCUGUAGGAAGCGUUAUGCUGAAGUAUUGACAUUUCCACAGAAGAACGUUGUUUCUUAAUGUUCUCGGGACAAUUUGAGAACAUUACUUUAAAUAGAACCAUGAAGAAACCAGUGGAAAAGUUAUGCUGAAGUAUGGACAUUUCAACAAGAGAACGUUAUUUCUUAACUAUUUGAGAAUGUCAAACCAGUUGGAGAACGUUCCAAGAACGUGUAAUUAAAUGUAACCAUGUUUGAAGUAAUGAAAUACCAAGAAAUUAAAGUUAUUUUGUGAAGUUCCGUAAAUGUGCUGAGAAUGUUCCAAAGCCAAGCAACUAUCCUGCACCAUUCCCAGAACGUUGUGGGAAGGUUGUAUGCAAAAUAACCAUAGGACAACCACACUCUCACCAAGCUCUAAGAAACAUUUGGUUCUCAGAACAUUAUGUGCUAGCUGGGACACACACACACACACACACACACACAACACUUCACUAACUAACCCAGAAGGAAAAUAGCUGUGGUGACUGUGUUUCUGUAGUUCGGUGGCGUUUCUCAACGUGGGACUGAGGGCCUUGUGUUCUGUGUGUAGGUCACUCAUGUGCAGCCGUUCCCAGUUCCCACUCCCUCUCAGCCAUACAUACAUACAGGCCCCUCUAUUUUCCACCCUGCUAAACCCACCAUUUCAUUCUGCUCUGUGUCCGAAACAAGACCUGCUUCAUGGCUGGAGAUUUAUUUUGGUUGGUCCCUGUUGGUUUUUAUUUAAAUAUAUUUGUUCAAAGGACAUGACCUUAUUUUAGCACAUCAUCACAUGAUGACAGAAAGCCAAUGAGAAUUUAGGAAUUGUACAGUGCCUUGCAAAAGUAUUCAUCCCCCUUGGCGUUUUUCCUAUUUUGUUGCAUUACGACCUUUAAUUUAAAUUGAUAUUUAUUUGGAUUUCAUGUAAUGGACAGACACAAAAUAGUCCAAAUUGGUGAAGUGAAAUGAAAAAAAGAAUUUGUUUCAAAAAAUUAUACAAAAUAAAUAACAGAGAAGUGGUGCGUGCAUAUGUAUUCACCCCCUUUGCUAUGAAGCCCCUAAAUAAGAUCUGGUGCAACCAAUUACCUUCAGAAGUCACAUAAUUAGUUAAAUAAAGUCCACCUGUGUGCAAUCAAAUUGUCACAUGAUCUGUCACAUGAUCUCAGUAUAUCUACACCUGUUCUGAAAGGCCCCAGAGUCUGCAACACCACUAAGCAAGAGGCACCACCAAGCAAGCGGCACCAUGAAAACCAAGGAGCUCUCCAAACAGGUCAGGGACAAAGUUGUGGAGAAGUACAGAUCAGGGUUGGGUUAUAAAAAAAUAUCUGAAACUUUGAACAUCCCCACAGAGCACCAUUAAAUCCAUUAUUAAAAAAUGGAAAGAAUAUGGCACCACAACAAACCUGCCAAGAGAGGGCUGCCCACCAAAACUCACAGACCAGGCAAGGAGGGCAUUAAUCAGAGAGUCAACAAAGAGACCAAAGAUAACCCUGAAGGAGCUGCAAAGCUCCACAGCUGAGAUUGGAGUAUCUGUCCAUAGGACCACUUUAAGCCAUACAUUCCACAGAGCUGGGCUUUACGGAAGAGUGGCCAGAAAAAAGCCAUUGCUUAAAGAAAAAAAUCUGUGGGAUGACUUAAAGAUUGCUGUACACCAGCGGAACCCAUCCAACUUGAAGGAGCUGGAGCUGUUUUGCCUUGAAGAAUGGGCAAAAAUCCCAGUGGCUAGAUGUGCCAAGCUUAUAGAGACAUACCCCAAGAGACUUGCAGCUGUAAUUGCUGCAAAAGGUGUCUCUACAAAGGAUUGACUUUGGGGGGUGAAUAGUUAUGCACGCUCAAGGUUUCUGUUUAUUUGUCUUAUUUCUUGUUUGUUUCACAAAAAAAUAAUAUUUGCAUCUUCAAAGUGGUAGGCAUGUUGUGUAAAUCAAAUGAUACAAACCCCCCAAAAAUCAAUUUUCAUUCCAGGUUGUAAGGCAACAAAAUAUGAAAAAUGCCAAGGGGGGUGAAUACUUUCGCAAGCCACUGUAUGGUUCGGAUUAGGGUGUGUGAGCUCUGGUCCAGUUUGGUUGGGAAAUGGUUGGGUAUAGGUUCUCCAGGGGCCAUGGAGGGGGGUUCCGAGUGUUAUUUUUCAGUUAUCAUGGGUGCGUCUCAAGUUCAAACACAUAAGGGUCUGGUCAAAAGUCGUGCACUAAGGGAAUAGGGUGUCAUGUGGGAUGCAACCAUGAUUACUGAAAAGAGAUCUUGUAACACCCUGAAAUCCUUCCAUGGCCUCCGCAGAACCUACACUGAACCAUUUCCCAACCAAAUCAUGGACCAGAGCUCAGAGAGCUAAUGUUUUCAGAGGAAAAGGACUCCUUCCUCUCACCCUUCACUUCACCCUACCUUUCCUCUCUAGCAUGUUUUGAACUUAAUCUGUAAACCAACACGAUUCAUGUUUGUCCUCCAUGUGAGUCCAACACAAAUGCUGUGAAGUAUAUUAUUGCUUUGUAACGUGUCACUAAUAAUGCAAAUAGUUGCUAUAACAUUUACAGUAAAGGAACGUUUGCUUGCUGCAAAGAAACCUAGAUAUUUCCCAUCCAUGAGCCCAAGUUUCUUAACAUAGUCUGACCAUAGUGAGUUACACAGAGGGCUGUUUCACCUCAUUCUUUCCUCUUACCCCCCAGCACCUCCAAUGGCAAAGUGCACAUCGCCCAGGUGAAGGAGAGGAGUGCCGCCAGGAAGAUCUAUGACGCAGCCAAGAAGCAAGGAAAAACAGCUGGACUUGUUGCCACCAAGUCAGUCUGAAAAAGUAUUUGAUACCACAAUCACUCUUUGAUAUGUGUUUUAUUCUGAUUUCUUGGUUUUGCUUGUGAAAGUACAACAAACCACAUCUAUAUUCUAUUUGGACACCCAUCACCCACCACAACCAUUUAAAUCAUUUAGCACUUCUACUCAGAUCAGUUGUCCUUGCCUGCUUCAAAUUCUAUUCCAUUUCCCCACGGUUUCCAAGUCAUUCUUUCACCAGUUACCACCACCAUCACUCCAAUACCUCUCUCUUACUGUUGUUUAUCUCCCCUGCGGUGUCUUUGUCUCAGGGAGAGGGAGAUCGAGAAGUUCCGCAUGGCGGUGAGUGUUCCCUCUGGGACCCGGAUGUCCUUCUCGUUGUCCUACGAGGAGCUGCUGCCCCGCAGGUUGGGUCGCUAUGAACUGACCCUGGGCCUGAGGCCUGGAGGACUGGUCACUAACCUCACCCUGGAUGUCAGCAUAGCAGAGAGGACAGGAUUCAGCUUCGUCAAGGUCCUCCCGCUGAAGUCCAGCCGACUGCUCUCCAACACUGUCACAGGUAACAUUGGAAAAGACAGCAAUUAUUGUUCAUUGUCAAAGUAGUAGUGCUAGUUUUGAUACAACCAGCAUGUUUGAGGGGAUCAGUUUGAGCAAGGCAAGUCACAUAAUCACUCAUCUGGAUCACAACAAUGAGUAGUUAUUGUAUAGUAGGAUGCAACAUAACAUGUAGAAUAUCUCAAACAUGCACAAUGACAGGGUGUUUUCUGGCCUUCCUCUCCCAUCCAGGUGAGACAGAAGCCCCAGCCUCCACUCAGAUCCAGCAGAACCCUUGUUGUGCCCAUGUUCAUUACCACCCCAGCCUGCAGCAGCAGAGCAGUGUCUCCUCUAAGGGACUCAACGCUGACUACAUCAUCCAGUACGAUGUAGAGCUGAGCGACCUCAUGGGAGACAUCCAGGUCAGCACACGCCCACACAUACACAAGCACUACACACUGUGUAGGACCAAACUCUUACACAACAAAUACUGUACAAAGACGGUAUCUAGUGAGGCAGUAAUCUAAUCCAAUGAGGGAUUACUCUCUUCUGUUGGCCUCUCUCAGGUGUUUGAUGGAUACUUUGCCCACUACUUUGCACCUCGGGGGCUUCCUGUGGUCCCCAAGGAUGUCAUCUUUGUCAUUGAUGUCAGUGGCUCAAUGAUUGGCACCAAGAUCAAACAGGUACAGUAGAUAUUUUAUCUCUCUCACAUUGCAUCCAGCUCCACCUCAUUAAUUUAGACAAGAAUGACAACAUUGACACUACAUUAUAUCGAUAAAAUGAUAAUUUAUCUUCUCACUCUGGAUUGGUGUGGACCAGACAAAGCAGGCAAUGUCCACUAUCCUGGAAGACCUUCGUGAAGGGGACCACUUCAACAUCAUCACCUUCUCAGACAAGGUCCUCACCUGGAAGAAGGGUUGCACAGUGAGGGCCACGCGGAAUAACGUACGAGACGCUAAGGAAUUCGUCAAGAGGAUCAUCGCUGAGGGAUGUGAGUGGGAUUGAGUCUGAUGUGCUUAGAAUUUCAUUAAAUCUGCAGCAACCUGACAAGACCACUAAAACGCUGUCUGUAUUUCUCUCUUCUUCAUUUCAUUCCAUCUUCUGCCUCCUCUUCAGCAUCCUCUCUCCUCCUCCAUUUCUUCCACCUCCUCCACACCUCCCUCUCUUCUCCACACCUCCUUCCCUCUCUCCUCCUCCAGGGACCAACAUCAACGCGGCCCUCCUCUCAGCCGCCCAGCUAGUCAACCCUUCCGUCUCUUCCCCCUCCUCGUCCUCCUCCGGUGGUGCCCGCCGGGUCCCUCUGGUCAUCUUCUUGACGGACGGUGAGGCAACCAUCGGUGUGACGUCCGGUGACGCCAUCCUUAGCAACGCUAAGAGCGCCCUGGGCUCCGCCUCUCUGUUCGGCCUGGCCUUCGGUGACGACGCCGACAUCACACUGCUGCGGCGCCUGGCACUGGACAACCGUGGCAUGGCGAGGAUGGUGUACGAGGACGCAGACGCCGCACUCCAGCUGAAGGGAUUCUACGAUGAGGUAGCCAGCCCGCUACUGUCAGACAUCCAGCUGACCUACCUGGAUGACCAGGCCUUCGACGUCACACGCUCCCUCUUCCCUAACUACUUCCAGGGCUCUGAGCUGGUGGUCACUGGGAAGGUCAAGCCCGGGGUCAGGAAUCUGAAGGUUGGUAUCACAUCAUGUUGUAAUUGUCCAUUGAGCUGAUAUUUAUAAAGUUUUCGCUUAUCUUUUCUUCUCCUCUCUUCCCUUCUCUUAUUUUCUACUCUCCUCUCUUCUCUUCUCUUCUACUCUCUUCAUUUCUCUUCCCCUCUCCUCUCCUCUCCUCUCCUCUCCUCUCCUCUUCUCUUCGCUUCUCUUCUCCUCUCUUCCCUUCUCUUAUUUUUACUCCUCCUUGCUCUCUCUCUCUCAUUCGUUUCUUCCCCUAGCGAAGCCUCUCCAUCUCCACUUCCCUCCCUUCCCUCUCUCUCUCCUCUCCUCUCCUCAUCCUCUCCUCCUAAUAAAUCUCCUCUCCUGCAAUGCAUCUUCUCUCCUUCUCACUCUCCCCUUCUUAUUUUCUUAAUCGCCUCUCUUCUCUCUACUUCUUCAUUACUAUUCCCCUUCUCUAUCACCUCUCGUCUCACUCCUCUCCUCUCCUCUCCUCUCCUCUCCUCUCCUCUCCUCUCCUCUCCUCUCCUCUCCUCUCCUCUCCUCUCCUCUCCUCCUCCUCUCCUCUCCUCUCCUCUCCUCUCCUCUCCUCUCCUCUCCUCUUCUCUUCUCUUCUCUUCUCUUCUCUUCUCUUCUCUUCUCUUCUCUUCUCUUCUCUUCUCUUCUCUUCUCUUCUCUUCUCUUCUCUUCUAUUCUUAGGUGUCUCUGACGGCCAGUGACUCCAAGCAGAAGGUGAAGGUUGAGAAUGACGUGUUGGUGUCUAAAGGAGAGGAGAAUGGGACAGCGUCCUGCAUGGGCUGCCCUGGGGGCAUGGAUAGGAUCUCCAGCUUCGUACAUCGUCUCUGGGCUUACUUCACUAUCAAAGAGCUGUUGCUGGCCAAACUGAACAGCACCGACCCGGCCAUGCAGAAACUGCUGGGCGAGAAGGCCACCAACCUCUCCCUCAAGUAUAACUUUGUCACGCCUGUUACUUCCCUCGUUGUAGUCAAGCCUGAUGCGGAUGAAAUUCCUACCAAAGCGUCAACUACGACAGCUCAACCCACCACCACCACCACCAAGCCCACCACCACAACUAAUACAGCUACUACAACAACCACAGUUGCCCACACUACUGCCACCAAAAUAGCCUCCCCCAUCCCUGUGAAAAAACCCAGGACUAACGAAGGUAGACCGGACCCUCUUGUCACCAAGCCUCCACCUCCCCAACCUCCACCUCAACCCAGAAAGGCCUCCACCCCACCCAGCCCAGCGAAAACAGUGGCUCCAACAUCCCCCAAGAAAACCACUACGACUAGCACCCCCAGCCCCAGUGCAGUCAAAACCAUCCCUGCCCCUCUCUCAGCAAAAACCCCCACUCCUCCUCCCAGCUCUCCUAAAACUGCCCCUGCCCCUCCCACCAGGAUAGUCUCUACACCCCUGGCCAACUCGCUCAAAACAGCUGCUGCUCCUACACCUGGGAAAACCACCACCAGCCCUCCAUCCAACAUAGUAAAGACAGUCCCUACCACACCACCCACCACAGUUAAUCCUACAGUCCCUACAACUGUGAAAACCACCACCUCCACUACCACCACCUCAGUCAGAACCGAUCCAACCCCUGCUCUACAGCCUGGGAAACCCGCUACGCCCCUGCCCAUCUCUGUUAGAACAGUCCUCCCUCCAGUUAGAAUAUCUCUCUCCUCCUCCUCUUCAGAGAACACCACCAUGUCUGCCACUGCUGCCCACCAACCUCAGGUCACCACACUCCUGUACAGUGUUCUGUCUGUCUCCCCUACUCCAGCUCCACAGGGCAGUAACACAGACCUAGACUCAGACGUAGACCAGAUUGCCACCUUUGUCUCUGCAACAUUUGCCCCCAUGCCAGGCGUCACAGACAGGCCUAAACUGUUGGAGGCUGCAGGACUAUUGGGUAAGUAUUCCUCUAAUCUUGGAAACCCAGAACUAAAAUCUCACGUAAUUCUGUCCGGUGCUCGAUUAAGUUCUGGAGGUAGAUGUGUUAGAAAAGAGCAGAAGAAGGGCGGUAGCUCCAGCCCUCUCUCUCUGCAAGUUGCGGGCAAGUCUAUUGGCCGAAUGUCCCCUCCUCUUCCAAAAUUCGAAAGAUGUGAGCCACUGUGAAAUCGUGAUUUGUCCAAAUCAUCAAUUACAAAAACCAGCGCACCGGAACAAUGUUCCUUGUUAGUCACCGCAUCCCACAGUCUGUUGACAGAUGCUACGAUACCAUUUAUGUUAUGAGAUUAAUCUUCCACUGACUGUCUAUCUCACUUGGAACUUCAACUAUAUAUUUUACAUUUAGCAGACGCUCUUAUCCAGAGUGACUUACAGUUAGUGAGUGCAUACAUUUUUUUAAUUCUUUUUUUUUUAUACUGGCCCCCCGUGGGAAUCGAACCCACAACCCUGGCGUUGCAAUCGCCAUGCUCUACCAACUGAGCUACACAGGGCUCAGUAUAGUUGAAUAAUAAUUGUCUAAGGAUACAAUUUUACUGAAUACCAGUAUUGCAUAUCAUAUGAAUUGUGUUGCAUCAGGUAUUGAACUUACAGUCCAUAUCUUGUACCUGUCUAUCAGAGAAAUACUAGUAUAAUCGAAAUCCACCCUUUCUGGCUUAAUUGUGACAUGUUCCUCUUCUCUCCACCAGAUGUCUCCACUUCCAUCCAGAUCCAUAGAAAAGGUGAAUCAACCACACCAGAAUAUUUCAUCAUUCUGUUUCAGCUCUGUUGCACAAAUGUCAUGAAAUAUCAUUAUUGAAAGGGAUACAUGCUGUAUUUGAAUACAGAGAUAAUGGAUAUGAGGUUAAAAAAUGAUGAAGUAGUCCUUUAGUUUAUCACUGUGUCAAUCUGUGUUUUCUCCCUGUCUCUACCUUAGAUAUGGACCUGGUUAAAGGUGAGUUCCACUCUUACUUCCCUGCCAUGAAAAAACGAUUCAUUGUAACAACAUGUAUGUUGUUGUAUCUUAAAAGCUGUUGUUUCCUCCUAUAGAGAUUCUGAUGAAAGCCCCCAGACCAGCUCAGGGAGAGGAUAUGUUUUAUCCUCUGUCUGGUGUCUAAUGAUGUCCAUGUGAUUGAAUCUUUCAGAUUAUGAUGCAACCUACGAAUACGACUACGACCUCAACUAUGAUUCCUGUAAGUCAUAGUUGACUAAUAUGUAUAACUAUUUAGUUGUGUUGGCAAAAGGGAUACUUUGUAUGUUUCUAAGUUAAUACAGAUGUUUAACAUGUUUUCGAAAUGUGUAUGUUUUCAGGGGAUGAAUCAGCAUCAGAUCUUCGUAAGUAUUUAAUUGUAUUUCUGUGUAGUCUAGCAUAAGAUCGAUGUACUUCAGAGAUGUUGGUAGGCUCUGAUCUGUCAUUGGUUUCAGUGCUUCAGACAGAUAAUACGUAGUCUCAGUUGUACCUGUUGUCCUUCCAGGGCCGGGCCCCCCCUCCAUACUGAGUUCUGUCAGAGUCUUCUCCUCGUCUGGUAAGGGGCCUACACUUUAACAAAUAACAUAACAUGACAUAACAUAUAACUUUGAAAUCUGUUUCUCACCUCUGUCUUCUUUAUGUUCAAUGUUUUUUUGUGCUUUUUUAAAAGUUGAUGGAGACCCUCAUUUUAUGGUCCAGCUCCCCAAACUGAAACAGAAUCUGUGUUUCACGGUGGAUGGCAGGGCCAACGACGUACUGAGACUGCUGGAAGACCCAGAGAGAGGUUAGUCAGAACAGACUACUACCAACAAAAGUCCAGAACUGUAAUCUUAUAUUAGUGGCAUGUAUAAUCUACUUGAGAAGCACCAUAACAUUUUAUAGGCAUAUAUUAAAAUGGGAACACAUUAAAUAGGCAUAUAUUAAAAUGGGAACACAUUAAAUAACAUAUACAUUCUGUAACUGUUGGAAUGCACGCACAUGCACACACACACACAGUUAACCCAUGCCUUCCUCUUCCCCUCAAGGUAUCACGGUGGACGGUCAUCUAAUAUGGGCUCCAUCCAAGCAAGACAAAGAGGACCGCUCCCGCACUUACUUUGACCAGAUAACCAUCUCUGCCAUGGGCGGGCACGGCGGGCUGGGUGGCAUAGUGAUCACACUCUCAUUGGACGCUGUGGUGGUGGAAGGGGAGGGACGGGACACCCUACCCACUAAUCAGCAGGGAUCUGUGACAAGGCAGGGUGUGGCGGUUUCCAUGGACACCAGAGAUGACAUCCAUCAGAGCUGUUGGAUCGAGCUGGCGAAGGAUAUUCGUUUCCUGGUUCUGUUCCACCACUACAAACACCCCAGCUACCUGCAGAUGGCACACCUCGGAUUCUACAUCACUGAUGGACAAGGGCUCUCUACUUCAACCCAAGGCCUACUGGGUACAUUCACUUUUCAAUCUUUAAUGUCUUUAAACCGGUUUCUUUGUCUUGUUACAUACACCUGGCCCUAAAGCACUUUUUGACAAGUGUUGCUGUAUAAAAGCCCAUGGGAAAAUACUAUACAUAUGUGGUGAUUGAUUUCCCUCUCACUGUCCCCCCGUCCCAACAGGCCAGUUCCAGCAUGCUGACAUGAGUGUGAUGCCGGUGAAGGACCCUCGUGACACACUGCCCCAGCCUAGUAAAGAGGGGGUCCUGUCCAGGGGGGUGCUGAGGUGGGGGGCGAUACACGUACCCAUCACCCUACAGGACAAGACCCUGAAGGACACAGUGAGGAAACGUCACCUGGGCAGGUGUUGGGUAGUGCCCAAGGCACAGGUGGAGAAACUGUUGGGUCAUCCAUACCAGAGCUACGUGGUGGAUAACAUGUAAAUACUCAGUUGCGCUUUUCAAAUGUCCAUCCAGUAUUAGCACACUACUUAGAAUAUACAUGCCUAAUACAUUGCUUCAUACUAAGUGUUAUGCUAGUAUGGAGAUUGGAACCGAGCCACUCAUCUAGCUACCAUCUCCACCUCAAAGCUGGGCAGCUCAGGCCAUGGGAAACUACAGUGUUUCUGCAAGGACAAACAGCACUGGGACUAGGGUGCUGCUGGCUAGCCUUCAAUAUCAACAUCACAUAGUGGGUUAUUACUCUCUCCUCUGAAAGUGUCGAUGGCAGUGUGCAUGAAUGCAUAUUCAUGA